AUGACAGCCCAAUUAUUGCAUAUUUCUUUGUCAACUGAUAAUGACGAACUUCGACGUACCGAUGUAUUACACCACUUAUUAACUAUUAAAUAUAAAUUUCAAAGUGAGAGUAGGGCUAUAACUAAAGAAUACUUCCUUCCAAAUUCUUCGACAAUGGUCCAGGUUUAUCAAACACUAUUAUACUCUACUAACGAAGAUAGUAAUAUGGUAAUAUCAGAUAGCGUUGAUUGUAAAGACAAUCAUUUAAUAAGACAAUUAUUAGAGACUAAAAAUGAUGAAUUAGAGAAUAAUAAUUUUGACGUGAAAGUUCCCUCAAUGUUUGCUUCACUACAAGAUGUUAUGAUACAAUGGCAAAAUGGGAAGAUUGGUAAAUCCACUAAUACAAUUGCUACUGCUUUACCGAUGUUAACUGCAAUGCAGAUGGCGAAAGAAUCGAGAAAACAUUGUCUCAAAGUGUUAAAGUGUAUGGUUGCACAUUAUCAAUUACGUACUUUGUUAUCCCAAGAUCUGUGGGAUUAG